AUGUUCACUGACGAGGCCGCAGGAUCUACUUUGGAAGGUGCAAAUUUUUCUUAUAUUGAAUUUGAAGCUGAUGAUUGGCCAAAAUGGAGAACAAAGGGUGCAAAAAGUCCUACUGUGAUCAAAAUGAUCGAAGAAAUUGUGGAAUACCAAAAUUCCUGGAAAGAGCAGAAGGAAUCUAUCGACGAAGAAUCCGCAAAAAAGGUGCACGAUAAAUGUUUAACAGAAUUUAUUUACCGCAUGAACAUCGGGGAAAAGCAUGGAUGCAAUACCAAGGAAGACGUUGAAUCUUGCCUUAACAUUGAUCCAACUUCUAACAAGCCGUUAUCCACAGAGGUUCGGGAAACUGUAAACGUAAUAGAAGCUUAUAAAUAUUUUCUGAACGAAGUGAAGAAGGUUGAAGAUGACGCUGAGGGCGAUGAUGCCAAAGCAUUGCACGGGUUACUAACUCUAGAAAUGGUUAAGGAAGCACACAAGCUGAUUUUGAAAGAUAUUGAGUUAUCUGAUGGCAAAACUAAGCCUGGUGAAUUUAGCAACAAGAAGCGAUAUACAGAAUAUAAUGGAGAAACGUAUGAUUACCGAAAUCCGGGGAAUAUGGAAAAAGAAGUACAAAAAUUCCUGGAUAUAUAUAAUGAAUUGAUAGAUGACCGUGUAAAAAAAGAGAAAAUUCCGACAAAAAGUGUUUAUAAUAUGUUCAAGAUUUGUGGCUGGCUGUUAUUUGAACUCCUGGACUUGCAUCCCUUCAGCGAUGGCAACGGAAGAUUGUGUCGAUUACUUUGUAGUUAUGCAUUGUCUUCAGUGACACCAUUUCCCACCCCGAUUUAUAAUGUUUGCAGUGAAUCAAAGAAAGAUGAUUAUAUCGACGCUUUGGUAGAAGCAAGGAAGUCCAAAACCCGUCAUCCCACCAGUUUGACCACAAUGAUUAUUGACUGCAAUUAUCAUGGUUGGCGGAAAUUUUUUGACAUUCUCGAGAGAAGUCGUAAUGAAGAAGUGGAUAUUCCAGUUGAAAACAGAGGUUAA